ACAAAAAAUAAUUAAUUUAUCAAAAAUAUUGUAUCUGCAUUUUUCACUUCAUUAAAUUUACAAAAGCAGAUGUAAAAGCAGUGUCAAGUGUUUUAUACAUGGACGUCUUUGAUAAAAAUUUUGUUAGCAUUUAUUUGACUAGGUGUCUACUGUUUAGACAUAUAAAUGACGUUUAAAUGAAAAAAAACCGUUAAUAAAACUGCAAGUUGAUUCUGAACUUCAGAAACGAUAAAGUUAACUAACAUCAACCGUUCAGCUGCUCUUCAAACCGUUUUAUUUAUUUUAAUCGAGCAACGGUUCUACGUUAAAUGGCAAUCGUCAAACAUACUGUUGCAGUGCUUUGUAAACAUUUGAAUUUUCUGUAUGAUCUGGAACUUAAAUCUGAAACAUUUCGCCAAGCUAAAUUCAAUAAAUGUGAAGAAAAAAGUAUUGAACAGUUCUGGAACGUCCUAUCUGCUCUUGGAAAUUGUGAAUUUGAUAACGAAACUAAUAAAAUCAAAGAUUUUUUAAACAAACUUGGUUACACUAGAUCAAAAUUUUAUGAUCUUGAUUUAAACACUACUAAUGCUAGAGAACUUUUAUUUGCUUUAGCUUUCAUUAUAUCAAAGGGAGAACUUGAUAGGAUUGUUAAAAAGAAAUGCCAAAAAAGUCUGUUUCAUAUUGAUUCGACGUUACGUGACUCCAAAAAUGACAUUAAUUUUUCUCUGAAUGCUUUGAAAGAUGAAAACGACCUCGCCAACAGUAUAGAGUGGAUUAAGGGAAAAGCAAAUUACAACAAAACAGUUGCCAAGGAGUACGAACUUUCUAUAAAUAAUGUUUUAGAAAAGCUGGAUAAAAUUAGUACUUUUAAUUUCAAUUUGUGUUUAUCUCAGUUAAGAGCGCUAAAUGAUAUGGAAUAUGCAAGGUUAUUUUUAAAUAACACAAAAGAAAUCAUCCAAAUGUUAGAUAACCACGACCAGUGGCUGAAAAAAGAAGCUGCAUUUUGGGAGUGGAUGAACACUGUUAUAAUCGAGGAUCAAAAAGGAAACAAUUCUUUGCGUCCAUAACCUUUUAUACCCAGUUUUAAAUUAUUAAUUUUUGAAUUGUUA